GAAAACGAUCAACAAGAUAUUGACAAGAAUGAAAAUAACAGCAACAGAAAACGCAAGAAGCCGUUAAAAUCAACUUAUCGCGCGAAAUGUCAAAAGAAGACUGAUCUAACUCGAUCUCUAAAGGUUAGAGUGUACCCGAAUUCCUCACAGAAAACUUUGUUGAAACAAUGGAUGGGUUGUGCUAGGCUUGUUUAUAACAUGAUUUCACAUACUCUUGAAUGGAGUUUCAUGAAGAACUGUCCAUAUGAGAUGCUUGACCAUACUAUUACAGGUGCAAUUCAAGCUCAAAAUGAAGAUAAUCAGCAAACAAUUAUUAUUCAUUCUCAAUAUUGUCGAGAAUCACUUAAAUUCUAUAUCCGUCUUCUACAUAAUAAAAAAAUUAUCAAAUCAACAAAUCGUUAUAAAGACAAAAAUCCUCUUCUUUUUCCAUUACAUCAUGAACAUCGUCGGAAAAAUCAUAAAUGGCCAAAUUUGGAAGGAAAGGUUUUAAUGGAUUCAAA